GACGAGAGACAGGACAACCACCGAGGACCAUCGAGUGAGCUCGCUGCAAAUCCCCAGGCCGACCCUGUGCUUUUGUCCGUUCGAAACAAAGCUUCGCGAAAGCAGCAGGGGCUUCACCAUGAAGCCUCUUGCUCGGAUAAAAAAAGGCAACUCCUUUGUGACUCACGUCCUGUCCAACCCCUACUUCGUGCGUGCCCCAUGCCCCAUGCCCCAUCCACCUCCGUUACUCCAUCUCCAGUGAUCCGUCAUUUUGAUGGAUGCAUGAUGAUCGAUCGCCUCUUACAUUAGCUUAUUAUAUCCCCAAUCGGCAUAGCUCAAAAGCUCCUUACUUCCUUCUUUCCCAAACUCCAAGAAGGAAUCGAGAGAAGGCCGAGACAACGAGGAGAGAGGGAGAGUGAGGAACAGAGACAACCUUUCUCCUCGUCUUCGCUUUCAUUCUUUGUUAGUAUAAACUCUGUGAUGAAGCAUCACAAGGCCCUCACUGACUCCCCCCAGCACCAGCAUCAGCAUCAACAGCAGCAGCAAGCGCCCAACCUUCACCAAUUUGUUCUGCCUUCCAAGCCCCUGAUCGACACCUCCCCCAACGCCGUUGCCAACAACGGCAGCAGCAACAACAACAACCACUUCGCUCCUUCUCUCUUCUACGAGCCCACCUCCGUCCUCGACCCCCACCUCACCUCCAGCCCGGCAACGGCUCCUACGGCGGCCCCUGUGACUGCUUCAGUAGAUUUGCCCUUCCUUCCCUGGGCCACCGGCGGUUGCGGAGGCGGAGGAGGCGGCGAUUCCCAUCAUCCGCGCCUACCAUCCGACGACUGGGAUCCCGCCUCCUGGUUCCUUCCUGAAAAAUACGAGCUUUCCCCUUUGCCCGAUGACGCCAGCGCCAACUUCCUCGACUCCCCUUUUGACCUAUCCUUCGAUCCCUACGCCUCCACAGAUCCCGCCUUUCUGACGCCCGCCGCCGCCUUCGACCGUUCGCAGCUUGACUCUCUAAUCAGCGCCGCUCAUUGCCUGGAAACAAACGAUUUCGCCACGGCACACGUGAUAUUGUCGCGGCUCAAUCACAAUCUGCCCGCCUCCGGAGUUUCCUCGCUUCAAAGAUCUAUCUUUCUCUUCAAGGAGGCGCUGCACGCCCUGCUUCGCCCUUCUACCGCCGAACCCCCGCUCUCCGCCGCCGAGCUUGUCCGUCACAUCGCGGCCCACAGGACCUUCGCCGACCUCUCUCCUGUUCCCCACUUCGCCACCUUCACGACCACUCAGAUGCUUAUCGAGGCGCUCGACUGCGGCGCUCGCUCCAUCCAUGUCUUCGACUUUGACCUCGGCCUCGGCGGACAGUGGUCGUCCUUCGCGCAAGAGCUCGCCGCUCGAAGUCGCACCUCUCGUUCCUCCCCUCCGGCCGUGCGCAUCACUGCCGUCGUCGCGGAGGAGUCCGGCGAGACAUCCCUGGCGGCAGACAACCUCCGAGACUUCGCCCGCGGCCUGAACAUCAACCUCUCUGUCAGCUUCGUCAGGGUCGGCGGUCUGGGCACGCUCGCCCUCAGCGGCGUCAGCCUAGCAGGUGCUGGGGAACCGACUGCAGUCGUUCUGACGCCAACAAUCUUCCGCCUCCUCGGUUUCGCCGGCGGCGCCUCCGCGGAUUCCGCUGCCUCCCUUCUCCGGUUCGUGCGGCGCAUGUCCCCCAGGGUGGUGGUCUUCGUCGAUCAGGAGAGUUGCCUGGGCGUUCUCCCCUCUCCAUCUCUGCGGCGGACAGUGGCGGUGGGGGUGGAGCACUAUGCGACGGUGCUGGAGUCGUUGGAGUCCACCGCGGCGGCGACAGGGUCGCCGGAGGAGAUGAUCCGGCAGGUGGAGCGGGCGGUGAUCCGCCCGCGCGUCUCGAGCGUGGUGAGUGAGUGGACCUGGCGGCCUGGCCCGUGGCGAGAGUUGUUCGUUGGCGUCGGCUGGUCUCCCGUUCCCUUCAGCGAGUUCGCCGAGUUGCAAGCCGAGUGGCUCGUCCGCCGGGCACCGGUCGACGGGUACCACGUGGGGACGAGGGACGGCGCGCUGGUGCUGAGCUGGAGAGGCAGAGAUCUCUCAUCCACGUCAGCUUGGAGGUGCUGACAUCGGCACCGCCUUCGCUGUCGAAGCCAAGUCAUUUUGUUUGUCGAUAGUAUUAAUUAUGGUGUGGCUGUAUUUUAUUUGGCUUCUGCUCUCACUGUAUGCCUAUUUUUUACCUUUUUUUUAUUACGACUAUUUAUCCUUUUUUUGUCUUAAAUUUAACAGCUGACUCGGCAUAAAAUUCA